AAGUGAGAGGGGGAGGGCUCGAGAGCGAGCGCUAGAAGGGAAAGAGGGAGGGGGGCGGGGAGGAGGGAAUCUUAUAUCACGUGACAGGGGCGGCGCGGCCCGGGGUGUCAGUGUGGAGGAGACUGAGUAUUCUACCUUGUAAAUACUGUUAUUUGUAUAUACUGUAAAUGAUGACAUCAGUGGGCACUAACCGAGCCCGGGGAAACUGGGAACAACCUCAAAACCAAAACCAGACACAGCACAAGCAGCGACCACAGGCCACUGCAGAACAAAUUCGACUUGCACAGAUGAUUUCGGACCAUAAUGAUGCGGAUUUUGAGGAGAAAGUGAAACAGUUGAUUGAUAUCACAGGCAAGAACCAAGAUGAAUGUGUGAUAGCUUUGCAUGACUGCAAUGGAGAUGUCAACAGAGCCAUCAAUGUACUUCUGGAAGGAAACCCAGACACGCAUUCUUGGGAGAUGGUUGGGAAGAAGAAGGGAGUCUCAGGACAGAAGGAUGGUGCUCAGACAGAAUCCAACGAGGAAGGCAAAGAAAAUCGAGAUCGAGACAGAGACUAUAGUCGACGACGUGGUGGGCCACCACGACGGGGGAGAGGCGCCAGCCGUGGACGAGAGUUUCGAGGUCAGGAAAAUGGAUUGGAUGGCACCAAGAGUGGAGGCCCUUCUGGUAGAGGCACAGAAAGAGGAAGAAGAGGCCGUGGCCGAGGCAGAGGUGGCUCUGGUAGACGAGGAGGAAGGUUUUCUGCUCAAGGAAUGGGAACUUUUAACCCAGCUGAUUAUGCAGAGCCAGCCAGUACUGAUGAGAACUAUGGCAAUAGUAGUGGUAAUACCUGGAACAACACUGGCCACUUUGAACCAGAUGAUGGAACAAGUGCAUGGAGGACUGCAACCGAAGAGUGGGGAACAGAAGAUUGGAAUGAAGAUCUUUCUGAGACAAAGAUAUUCACUGCCUCUAAUGUGUCUUCGGUGCCUCUGCCUGCGGAGAAUGUGACAAUCACCGCUGGUCAGAGAAUUGACCUUGCUGUUCUGUUGGGAAAGACACCAUCUUCCAUAGAGAAUGAUUCAUCCAGUUUGGAUCCAUCUCAGGCUCCUUCUCUUGCCCAGCCUCUGGUGUUCAGUAACUCAAAGCAGAGUGCUAUGUCACAGCCUGCUUCGGGGAAUACAUUUUCUCAUCACAGUAUGGUGAGCAUGUUAGGAAAAGGAUUUGGUGAUGUUGGUGAAGCUAAAGGUGGGAGCACCACAGGCUCCCAGUUCUUGGAGCAAUUCAAGACUGCUCAGGCCCUGGCUCAGUUAGCUGCUCAGCAUUCUCAGUCUGGAAACACCACCACCUCCUCUUGGGACAUGGGCUCAACCACACAAUCCUCGUCACUGGUGCAGUAUGAUUUGAAGAACCCAAAUGAUUCAACAGUGCACAGCCCAUUUACAAAGCGCCAGGCCUUCACUCCAUCUUCAACCAUGAUGGAGGUGUUCCUUCAGGAGAAGCCACCUGCUGUGGCCACCUCCACAGCUGCACCCCCACCUCCCUCUUCUCCUCUGCCAAGCAAACCCACCUCGGCUCCACAGAUGUCUCCUGGAUCUUCAGACAACCAGUCCUCCAGCCCGCAACCAGCUCAGCAGAAACUAAAACAGCAGAAGAAAAAAGCCUCUUUAACUUCUAAGAUGCCUGUUCUGGCUGUGGAGAUGCCUGCCUCAGCAGAUAUCUCAGGGCUAAACCUUCAGUUUGGGGCAUUGCAAUUUGGGUCAGAACCUGUCCUUUCUGAUUAUGAGUCUACUCCCACCACGAGCGCCUCUUCAAGCCAGGCUCCAAGCAGCCUAUAUACCAGCACGGCCAGUGAAUCUUCAUCCACAAUUUCAUCUAACCAGAGUCAGGAGUCUGGUUAUCAGAGCGGCCCAAUUCAGUCAACAACUUAUACCUCCCAAAGUAAUGCUCAGGGCCCGCUAUAUGAACAGAGAUCCACGCAGACUCGGCGGUACCCUAGCUCCAUCUCUUCAUCACCCCAAAAGGACCUGACUCAGGCAAAGAAUGGUUUCAAUUCUGUGCAGGCCACGCAGUUACAGACCACGCAAUCCGUUGAAGGUGCUACGGGCUCUGCAGUGAAAUCUGAUUCACCUUCCACGUCUAACAUCCCUCUUAAUGAAACGGUAUCUGCAGCAUCCUUACUGACAACAGCUAAUCAACAUUCAUCCUCCUUGGGUGGCUUGAGCCACAGUGAGGAGAUUCCAAAUACAACCACAACACAACAUAGCAGCACGUUAUCUACACAACAGAAUACCCUUUCAUCGUCAACAUCUUCUGGGCGCACUUCGACAUCCACUCUUCUGCACACAAGUGUGGAGAGUGAGGCGAAUCUCCAUUCUUCCUCCAGCACUUUCUCCACCACAUCCAGCACAGUCUCUGCACCUCCCCCAGUGGUCAGUGUCUCCUCCAGUCUGAACAGUGGCAGUAGCCUGGGCCUCAGCUUAGGUAGCAACUCUACAGUCACAGCCUCAACUCGAAGCUCAGUUGCUACAACUUCAGGAAAAGCGCCUCCCAACCUUCCUCCUGGAGUCCCGCCAUUGUUGCCUAAUCCAUAUAUUAUGGCUCCUGGGCUUUUACAUGCCUACCCGCCACAAGUAUAUGGUUAUGAUGACUUGCAGAUGCUUCAGACAAGAUUUCCUUUGGAUUACUACAGCAUCCCAUUUCCUACACCCACCACUCCGCUGACUGGGAGGGAUGGUAGCCUGGCCAGCAACCCUUAUUCUGGUGACCUCACAAAAUUCGGCCGUGGGGAUGCAUCCUCCCCUGCCCCGGCCACAACCUUGGCCCAACCCCAACAAAAUCAGACGCAGACUCACCACACCACGCAGCAGACAUUCCUGAAUCCGGCGCUGCCUCCUGGCUACAGUUACACCAGCCUGCCAUACUACACAGGGGUCCCGGGCCUCCCCAGCACCUUCCAGUAUGGGCCUGCUGUGUUUCCUGUGGCUCCUACCUCUUCCAAGCAGCAUGGUGUGAAUGUCAGUGUGAAUGCAUCGGCCACUCCUUUCCAGCAGCCGAGUGGAUAUGGGUCUCACGGAUAUAACACUGGUGUAUCAGUCACCUCCAGUAACACGGGCGUGCCAGAUAUCUCGGGUUCUGUGUACUCCAAGACCCAGCAGUCCUUUGAGAAACAAGGUUUUCAUUCCGGUACUCCUGCUGCCUCCUUCAACUUGCCUUCAGCCCUAGGAAGUGGGGCCCCCAUCAAUCCGGCCACAGCUGCUGCCUAUCCACCUGCCCCCUUUAUGCACAUUCUGACCCCCCAUCAGCAGCCGCACUCCCAGAUCCUUCACCAUCACCUGCAGCAGGAUGGCCAGACGGGCAGCGGGCAACGUAGCCAGACCAGCUCCAUCCCGCAGAAGCCCCAGACCAACAAGUCUGCCUACAACAGCUACAGUUGGGGGGCCAACUGAGGUCCUGGCCCUCCUCUCCUCCUGGUCCCAUCUUCAGAGAGGGCUUCUCAGCCUGGCAACUAUGGAAACAACAUCAAAGAGAAAAAGGAAUGUGGGGAGGUGCUGUUGCCUCCCAGUCCUGCAGCCCACCCCAUGCCUCAGCUUCAUGUCUGUCCCAUUCCCAUACCAUCCUAACCCUGUUGUAUGUAUUAUAGGAUUUGUAUUUCUUUUUCUUUUUUUUGUUCCUUUCCUCUUCCUCUUUCCCCUUCGCAUUCAAGAUUAUGAAACUUUGCUGUGGGUCUUACCCUUCCUUCUCCUCCUGUUCACCCUGGUGGUGGUUAGGUGAAGUGGGAAAGGGGACCCUCCCAAAUAUAUAUCAGCCCAACAGCCCUAAGUCUCCUCCUUUAUUAUUAGGAAAACAACAACAACAACAAAAAAAUGGCGUCAUGAAUAUGAACAGCUUUGUCAGAUGAAUUAGUUGAAGUGUUUUUUUUGUUUUUGUUUUUGUACUGUGUCCUCAAAUUUAAUGGAUUAAUGUGUCUUGUAUAUAUAUAAAAAAACAAAACAAAACCUCUACAUUCA